AUGCUGGGCAUGUCUUUGCUUUUCUCCACGCUUCUAUUCACUACACUAGCUCGUGCGGGACUCUAUGGGACUAGGCCGAUUGCGAACACUGUUCUGAGUUCUGGCCGCUUGUCGUCUGUAAACUGGAUCAACGAUAAUACCGCACCAUCUCUUAAAGAAAUGGGCCCAAUGCGCAUUGACCUAUAUCGCUCAGGCGACAUCUUCGUUGCCACUUUGGCGGACAACGUCGAACCGACCAGCAGAUCCCACAAAGUAUGGAUCUCCCCGACUUGGGGACCUAAUGGCUCAGACUAUCACAUGCGCUUCACCUGCGAAGACCCUCCGCUCACAAUCUAUACGGCCGACUUCACCGUCACGGCAAUGGACGACACGCCUCGCUACCAGGGGUCGGAGAAUGCUGUGGCAGACUCAGAGGCAUCUAUCGGCACAAGCUACGCUACGCCAUCCGCAACUACCGCCACAUACUCCCUACCAACAAUGUACUCACAGCUAUACACAAGCUCGAGCUCGGCUGUGUCCUCAACGCCAUCAAUGACCCGCGUUUCCAGUACUUCUGUUAAUACUGCCUCUGCCGCCAGUACCGGCACGGGAAACCCUUAUAUGAACAAAGCGAAGACUGGUGCGGGCGGUGGCUCAUGGAUGCGAACGUCGGUGGACCUCGAACGUGUCAAGUUCCGUCUAGUCUUCGUCCUCUGGCCGGUACUCAUCGGACUCACGCUGGCGCUAUGA